AUGGCGGAGUUGACUGAGAACAAGGAACUGGGUGUUCCCUCUUCGGAGGCCAAUCCGAAGUCGGCGUCGGGUACUGCUAGCCCCGAGGUGAAUGAAGAUCUGGGCAUCAAUGAGAAGGCAUUGCUGCGCAAGUUGGAUAUUCGGCUGCUGCCCCCGUUAACGAUAUUGUAUCUUUUGUCUUUCUUGGAUCGUAGCAACGUUGGAAAUGCACGACUGGAGGGCAUGGGUGAUGAUAUCAGCAUGACUGGAAAUCAGUAUCUGACGGGCUUAACGCUAUACUUCAUUGGCUACGUCCUGUUUGAAAUACCCUGCAAUAUCGUGUUGAAAAAGACUACUCCUCGAAUCUGGCUACCAACACUUACCUUAAUCUGGGGUAUUGUGGCGACACUUCUUGGAGUUGUGCAGAACUAUGCAGGGUACCUUACCUCGCGAACGGCUCUUGGGAUUGCGGAAAGUGGCCUUUUCCCUGGCGUGGUUUUCUACUUGUCUAUGUGGUAUAAGCGAAACGAGCAACACUACCGAGUGGCUCUAUUCUUCAGCGCUGCAUCGCUGGCGGGUGCUUUUGGCGGCAUUCUCGCUUGGGGAAUCGCACACAUGCGAGGCGUCGGGGGUUAUAAUGGAUGGCGAUGGAUUUUCAUCUUGGAAGGACUACUUACGGUGGUAAUGUCUAUUGUCGCAUAUUUCUGGGUCUACAAUUACCCUUCGACCGCCGAAUUCCUGUCCGAGAAGGAACGCGCGUUCAUCCAGUACCGCUUGAAAAAUGACAAUGACUCAACUCGCGAUGAAAGAUUUAGCUGGACGGCCGUCGGCGACGCAUUCAAGGAUCCCAAAGUAUGGUUAUAUGGUCUCGGAUUUCACACCAUGUCGCUGCCCUUAUACACGCUGUCUCUGUUCUUGCCAACAAUCAUCAAAGAGCUUGGCUACACGGCCGCCGAAGCGCAAUUACUCUCCGUCCCACCCUAUGCUGUGGCAUUCGUGCUCACUGUCACGGUGGCCAUUUUCUCGGAACGCACGCGCAUUCGAGCCCCCUUCAUCAUGGGGUCCUCCGCGCUCGCCUGCAUCGGAUACAUCCUCCUUCUGACCGACCACCGCCCGGGAGUUUCCUAUCUCGGCACCAUCUUCGCCGCGGCGGGCAUCUACCCAGCCGUAGCGAUCGUGCUGUCUUGGCCGGCGAACAACGUAUCCGGACAGACGAAGCGGGCGAUCGCCAACGCCAUGCAGAUUUCUAUCGGCAAUCUCGGCGCGGUUCUCGGAACGCAGCUUUAUCGCACAGAGACCAGUCCGCGGUACUACCUGGGACAUGGGUUCGCGCUGGGGUAUCUGAUCGCGAACAUUGCGGUCGUAGGUAUUCUCUGGGAGGUAUUGAAGCGAGAGAAUGUGCGCAAGGCCGAAGUCCGCGAGAGGGAGGGCUUGCAGGCGCUAAUGGGCGAUAUUGGGGAUGCAGAGGGGGACUUCAAAGGGGAUAAAGAUCCGAGGUGGAUAUUCCAGGUUUAA